UUAAGGGAAAAACAUAAACACCCACCCACACUAUUCCACAUUAUAUAUAUAUAUAUACUCUCUUAAAAUUCCCAAACCACUCACUACCCACAACCCAGAAUGCAAAAUCCCAGGUGGGUUUUUAAUCUCAUCCUUGUUUUUACAUCUUUUAGUAGCCUCGUUCGAUCUUCUUUUAGUAGCUCCCCAGUGUGUUCAACGCAAGAUAGAGAUGCGCUCCUUAGUUUUAAAGGGAGUAUAGUGAAAGAUACAACAGGGAUUCUCUCUUCAUGGAGUGGAGUUGAUUGCUGUGAUGGGGGUUGGGAGGGUGUGGAUUGCAACCCAGCAACAGGGAGAGUCAUUUCCCUGCAGCUACAGAGGCCACAGAAUGGUGAAGCUGGUAGUGGUGUUUUCAUGCAGGGGAGUCUCUCUCCUUCUUUGGGUAACCUCCAGUUUCUGGAGGUGAUGGUUGUUAGUGGGAUGAAGCAAAUCAAUGGCUUUAUUCCUGGGAGUUUAUCCAAGCUAACACAUCUCACUCAGCUUUACCUUGAGGAUAACAUGCUUCAAGGGCCCAUCCCUUCAAGUUUGGGUGAGUUGGUCUCCCUAAAAGCACUCUCACUUAGUGGGAAUCAGCUUCAGGGACAGUUGCCUCCAAGUUUAGGGUCCAUCUCUGGGCUGCUUCAGAUAAAUGUGGGGAAGAAUCACUUGGUAGGUUCAGUUCCCUCUGCUUUUAAAGACCUCCAUAGUUUGCAAUCUCUUGAUCUUAGUUACAAUCUUUUCUCUGGGGGGAUUCCUAGUUUUGUAGGGCAGUUGCAGAACCUGACCUUUUUAGACCUCUCACACAACCAGUUCUCAGGUGGUAUGCCCCUUGCUCUGUGUAGUUUGAGUAAUGUUUUGGAUGUCUCAUUGAGCCAUAACAAGCUUGUAGGUGAAAUCCCAACCCAAAUUGGAAAACUUAGGUCUCUCAACACACUUGAUCUUAGCAGUAACCUUCUUGGAGGAGCCAUUCCAGAGUCAUUUGGCUUGUUGCAGAAGCUGUGGUACCUCAACAUCUCAAGAAAUGAGCUCUCUGGUUCUCUUCCUAAUGGGCUUGCUAAUGGUUUACCUUCUCUUUUAUCUGUUGACCUAUCAUACAAUAAGCUUGAGAUAGAAACCAUGCCAGAUUGGUUAAGAAGCAGAGAUCUUAGAGAUGUACACCUUGCUGGGUGUAACAUUAAGGGAGCCCUGAAACCAUUUACAAAACCAGGCUCAUUAAACUCCAUAGAUUUAUCUGAUAAUUAUGUCACAGGAGGGAUAAGUCAAUUAUUCACCAGCAUGACAAGUUUGCAGGUGGUCAAGCUCUCUAACAACUUGUUAAGCUCUAGCAUUUCGGAGAUUUUCUUUCCGAAUGGGCUCUCCUUUCUUGAUCUCCACUCAAAUCAGUUUUACGGGUCGAUACCUGCUAGAAUUAACAAGCUCAAGCUUUUACAGUUCCUGGAUCUCUCAAGCAACAAAAUCACAGGUGAGCUCCCUGAAUUCGGCGAAGGAACGAGUUUGAAAUGGCUUGAUCUGUCCAGAAACGGAAUCAAUGGCCAAAUACCAAGUUCAAUUUCAAAGUUAAGCGAGCUACAAAGGCUCAAUCUUUCGAGGAACCAACUCAAAGGAACAAUCCCAUCAAGUGUGGGUCUAAUGGUGAGAUUAGAAUGGCUGGAUUUGUCAAGCAAUGGGGUGAUAGGAAGAAUACCAGAUAGUUUCAAAGGGCUUGUGAACAUAAAGCAUGUGAGCUUGAGAAAUAAUAGGCUAUGUGGGGAAAUACCUCAACAAAAGCCCUUCAACAUCUUUCCAGCAGCUGCUUAUGCCCAUAACCUGUGCCUUUGUGGCCAACCUCUGCCACCUUGUAGGAAAAUAUGAUUGGUAUUGAAGCACAAGUCAGCAAAAGGCUGGCUCAGAGCACAGAGUAAUCAAAAGCAAGGAAGCAGGGAUAUAAAAUAGUGGCACUCUUUUAUGAGGACAUUUCUCUUGUCUUUUGUUCUUUUGUCAUUACAAAUUGUUUGACUAUUAAAAGCAAGCAUUUGUACUUUGUUUGUAUCAGUUAAAGAAAAAGAACUAUGCAUGAUAAGAUGGUUCACACCUGUUUUUUA